AUGGAUCUCUCUACCAUCCUCAACCCGAUCAACUCCAAAACCAGCGACGCUCAAAUUAUCACAACAUCAAGUCUCCAGACGGCGACGUUUGCGAUGGAAGCACCGCGGCAAGCCUCCCACCUCGUACACACCGCACAGGACUAUCACUCAGGUUCCCCACCAGCAUCUGGUCCUGCACCCUACCACCCAGAACCACCUUCUCGCCAUCCCCAACCAGCUUCUCGACCCCGUGUUAGCCUUGCCACGCUCCAACCGUACCUCACCUCCAUUCCAGCGCUACCCGACCCCUUGGCAGAGGGACGAGCAAAAUUGGAGCUCCCACACCCAGGGACAGGAGCUGCGUUGGCGGACUACGACUACCAUUGUCCCUCCUGCAUCGUGCCGUCUCCGCCUUGCAUCGUCAAUGGCUACGUGCCGUUGUACCGGACACGAGCAUGGGCUGCAUGUGAUCGCUGCCACGGCAAUCAGCCGCUCCUGAGCUCGAACCCGUUCAGCUACGAAAGCGGACUCGCCCGGUGCCGCGAGUCUGCAGCGCACCGGACCCUUGGACACAGCUCCGACUCUGCCUUGUCGGCCUAUCAAGGGGACGCUAUUAUGCCCGCCCCGCCCGCGGCGUAUCCCCCGCUGCCUGAGCAUUUCCUUCACUCUGAUGUGCGCCACACGCCUGGUUUGUACUUUGGCAGUGAUGACGAAGGUGGGACCCAGGAGCAAGACCAACAGCGUGAGGAGCCGUCUCGGGAUGGAUGCGGCAACGCUGGAGCAGCAGGCGCUGGGGCAGCCAUACCGCUAGAAGUGGUGGGUAAUGUGACGUUCGGGCGGUGGGUCUCGAGGUACCAAGCGAAGGGUAGAGAAGAGCGUGAAUUUGUUAGCAUUGGCUGA